AUGAGCGAAACCAACGUCAACACCAACAUCAACUCGGUCGUCGACAACUUCAACGGCGGAUCCGUUGGACGUGAUGACCUGGCUCCAGCCAUUGUCUUCGCUGUGGCGCUCGCGCUCACUGUGCCCCUCAUGAUCUGGCGCUUCAUUAGCAAGAAGCACUCGUCCAAGAUCUUGAUCAACGCGGUCGCAUUCUUCGUCAUCCGACUCGCCUCUCUUAUCAUCCGGGCGUACAUGGCUCGUAGGGCCUACAACACAGGAACACUGAUUGCCCAAGCCGUCCUCACCUCUAUCGGUUACCUCCCUCUUCUCAACGCGUUGAUCGACCUCUGGCAGGUCAGGGCGGAGAAGGGCGACCAGAACGACCAGUCCUUUGAUGCAGUACACCGGGCGAAGAAGAUCAAAUGGGUCAAAUACGUUGGAUGGUUCCUCCGCUUCCUCCUCCUUGCCUCGCUCGCUACCGCUAUUGCUGCCGGUAUUGUGCUCAGCCGCAAUUAUGACAAUGAGCGUCAGGCCAACAUCAUCCGCAACUUGCUCAAGGCCAGCUAUAUCGUGUCUCUGGCCGUCACCGUCAUUGGCAUGUUGCUCAAGGCUACCAGCACGAUCAUGAACCACGAGCCCAAGCGCAAGACUGCUUUGCUCUACGCCUACUCCAUUCCCCUUCUCAUUGUCAGCAUUUACCGUGUCAUUGAAGUCUUUUCCGGCUACCGCGCUACUCCAAAUGCCCUUGUCGCCUUCUUCGUGGCGAUGAUCCUCUUCGAAUUUAUUGCAUACGCUGUCCUCCUCGCUAUGAACAUCAACAAGAUGGUCAACAAGUUCCACCACCGUCACGACGAUGACGCAGAGAAGAGGGGUAUGCGAUCAGCAGAGUCUGACGCUGCCACCCCUCGGGAGUCCAUGGCGACCCGUCAUUGA